CUUCCUCGGCUUCCGGCCCCGCCCAGCCCUCCGCCCGCUCCUUUGCCGGCGUCCCCGCGGCCGAAUGGCGAGCUCGGAGCUGCGAGCCGCGCUGGAGCAGCGGCUCAGCGCCCUGGCCAUCCCCACCGAGGUGGUGGAGCACCCCGAGGUUUUUACAGUUGAAGAAAUGAUGCCUCAUAUCCAACAUUUGAAAGGAGCACAUAGUAAGAACUUAUUUCUUAAAGACAAAAAGAAAAAAAGCUAUUGGUUGGUGACAGUUCUUCAUGAUAGACAAAUUAAUUUAAAUGAUCUUGCCAAACAGUUAGGUGUUGGGAGUGGAAAUCUGCGAUUUGCUGAUGAAUUAGCCAUGCUUGAAAAACUUCAAGUUCGCCAAGGCUGUGUCACACCCUUGGCACUCUUCUGUGACCAUGGAGAUGUGAAAUUUGUUCUGGAUUCUGCUUUCAUGGAAGGAGGAUAUGAGAAGGUUUAUUUUCAUCCAAUGACUAAUGAUGCAACUAUGGGUUUGAGCCCCGAAGACUUUCUCACAUUUGUUAAGGAUACAGGACAUGAUCCAAUAAUAAUAAAGUUUGAUUAA